AUGGUCAACCAAAAGGCACAAGAUGCGGUGCAGAAGAGCUUGGAUUCUGUCACAUCCGACCAGACGACAGGAGUCGCUGGGCUGGUCUUCGUUGCUGUCGACAAGCAAGGCCAACAGAUUGCGGCCAGCGCUUCGGGGAAGAAAGGACUUGGUGCGAAUCGUUCACCGAUGGACCUAGACACCGUCUUCUGGAUUGCUUCAUGCACCAAGCUCCUUGCUACUAUGGCAUGCAUGCAAGCCGUGGAGCAAGGCAUCCUGAGUUUGGACGACCACAAACAAGUCUACAAGCUUUGCCCAGAGUUGGAGAAGGUGCAAGUCCUCAAGGAUGACGGUACCCUGGAAGACAAGAAGGCCGAUAUUACCCUUCGUAUGCUGCUGACUCACACGUCUGGCUUCGGAUAUGAGUUGUAAGUUGCGGCUGGGAUCAUGCUCGUUCAAGAUGCAGGACCUAAGUUUGUCAUCUCAGUUUCAACCCAAAGCUCCGCGAUUACGGACGACCAGUCGGCUUCGACAUGUUCCACGCCGACAUCAAAGACGUUCUCCGCAUGCCAUUGGUCAACCAACCUGGCUCGGCGUGGGAGUAUGGCAUCGGCAUUGACUGGGCUGGAAUCGUACUCCAACGAGCAACUGGCGUGGGCCUCAAUGACUGGAUCCAGAAGAACAUCAUGCAGCCACUGGGCUUGAAGAACGUCAACAUGUUUCCCACUGCCGAGAUGAAGAAGAACCUGGCGUACAUGCACCAGCGGUGGCCUGGCUCUGGACAGGCGGAAGAGCGAGACCAUAUCUACCGAGAGCCCAUCAUCGCCGAAACCGAACACGAGAAGAAGCACAUCUUCCACAGUGGAGGCGCUGGCGCUUAUGCCCUACCAACAGAGUAUGUGCAGGUCCUCGUCGCGCUGUUGAACGAUGGCAAGAGCCCCAGCACCGGCGCACAGAUCUUGAAGCCAGAGACCGUCGAGGCCAUGUUUGAGAAUCAGGUAAGACAAGGACACAUUUCUUGACGUUCAAGGUGUUCUGCAAUGAAGAAACAUUUCGCUCACUUGUAUCACUGCAGAUUCCGCACUUCCCCAACUUUGCACGACAGGGCAUUCCUGCCGCGAAGCCAGAGCAGACGAAUCCGGCGCCGGAGCUGUAUCCCCAGGACGGCAACCCGCCGCAGGGCUGGGGGUUGAGUUUCAUGAUUACACAAGAACCGGGCGCGACAGGUCGGGGGCGGAACACGGCUUGGUGGGCCGGUAUUGCGAAUCUGUUCUGGUGGUGCGAUCGGGAGAAGGGUGUUGCUGGUGAGUGCACAGAGUGUUUGGAGACGUCUCCACUUUUGAUUUUCCGCAUGGAAGCCAUAUGAGCUGACGUCGGUUCCUUUCUACUGCAGGCAUGAUCGCGUCUCAAGUCAUGCCGUUUGGAGACAUGAGCGUCAUGGGGCAAUGGUGAGGUUUUCCCACCCUUGCAUGAAGGGCACCCGCGAGCUAACACGGAUCCGUCUAGGGGUGCUUGUGAAGCGGCCGUCUACCAGGCUAUCGGAGCUUGA